AUGUCCGAUGUCGGUGAAGCCGUGGCUCGCCGGCGUCGGACCGUCGCUCUUACUACUAGUUUCCUCUGUCAUUGGUCGAAUGUUAUGGCUGUGUUGGCUUUGAUAUUUUUCUACUCCGGCCAUCAUAUGAAGAGGAAAACCAUGACAGUUGGACCUGGUGCGUCUCUACUUUGCUUUGCCGGUGAGUUAGGCCUUCGGCAACCGUUGUUGGUCUUCUUCUUAUCUUUGGUUCGGAUACUUUCUCGAAAAUAUGGAGAAGACGAUUUUUUCAAUCUAUGCUCUGCCGUCGGCUCUCAACUCACCAUCGAACAUAUUCCUGCACGGCGAAAGCAUCAAUCAAGAUCCGGUGGAUCUAGAAAUUUCUCGGGUGUUCCCCGAAGAACCAUCUUCUCCAAUGUGGUUUUAAUCCACGCCGGCAAUAGUUUAUGCCCACCGGAGCUUAUGCCAUCACCAGGAAUCCUUCGCACACAAUCUCCAAACAUGAGAAAUACGAGGUUUGACCUGGCUCCGACAUCGAGUGCGCCUCCAUCAUCCUCACCGUCGAUUCAUCUCCCCGACUUUCUGCUCCUCCUCCCUAGCCCCAACAACCCGAUGACCUACUUCCCUUUGGGCCCAAAUCACAAAUGGGCCUGGCCCAAUCAAAAUGAAGAGUUGCCCAACCCAUUUCGUGGCCCUUCCUCUAAUCUUUGCCUAGGCCCAAUAGUUUUAAAAAUCAGAUUUGCAAAAAUCAUAUAUGUUUUUGAGCUUAUUGGCUUCUCUUCUCUGAGAAGUCUUAAGUUUUUUGGAUUCUCAAAUCCUGUAAUUUACUCCUGGUGGAAGAGUUCUUUUCCACCUUCUUCCAACUCUUUGAGACUGGUCGUAUUUUCUUAUCUCUCUUGGAGAGUAAUAGAUGUCCCGAGCUUUAUGUCGAGUUUUUCAAAGUCACAUUGUAAAGUGACUAACCUGAGAUUCUCCGGCUUUGUCGCGAAGACCCUCUUGACGCAUCCGACACUUGUCUAG